CUAAAGCAUCCGACCCAGGACAGAUUUCUCUGAGUGGACAAAGACUUUUCAGGGCAGGAGUGUUGGUGUUUGAUGGGACAGCAUAGAGAGGUUGGUUUGUGACUGUGAUCCUGAGAGAGGACAAAGGGGCGCUGGAUCGCCUGACUCGGUUUUCAGCUUGCACAAAGAAAGUCUGCACCCGCAGUGGGACUUGUCAACUUAGUUCUUCUUAGUGACAUGUUCUCCGAUGUUCUUGGUCCUGUCACCUUGGAGCGAGUGAGACACUGAGAAAGUAGGAAGAUGAAAGCUGAGGUCUCGGACAUGAGCCAAUGGAGAGAGGUGGAUUUGGAAGAGAAGUGCACCUACAUCGUAAAUGACCAACCAGUAGACCCAGUGAAAUAUGCUGAGAUCCCUCUGGCCAGAGCCUCCAUACCCCGAAACCUUACCUUCAAGUACACAAUCACCAAUGAGGUGAUUGGAGUAAUUAGCAGGGAAUACAUCCCCCAAGGGACGCGUUUUGGGCCAUUGGUUGGGGAUAUCUACACCAAAGACAAUGUCCCAAAGAACAUAAACAGAAAGUAUUUCUGGAGGGUUUAUUCCUCCGGGAGGCUCCAUCACUUUCUGGACGGGUACGACGUGCGGAAGAGUAACUGGAUGCGGUACGUCAAUCCCGCACACUCGGCGGAGGAGCAGAACCUGGUCGCCUGUCAGAAUGGCACCGACAUUUACUUCUACACCGUGAAGCCAAUCCCUCCCAGCAAUGAGCUGCUGGUCUGGUACAGCCGGGAGUUUGCUGAGAGACUGAAUUAUCCUCCGGCCGGUGACCUAGUGAUGCUAAAGCUCAAACAUAAUCUCAAGGGAUAUAAGGAUCUAGUGUCUGAAUACACUGGCCGGCUACCUCAGAGCAGGGAAGACAUUCAAGAAGGCCAAAAACAAUAUGCUAACAACACAAAGAAUGAGGAAGAAAAAGUGGAUGUGGAGAUAAUUGAGAGAGAUACACCACCCAUCACUCCAGAUGACCAAAUAAUGGACUUCAGUAAAAAGCUUUACCCAGGUGUAGUGACCAGACCUCUACCAGAAGAAAAUAGCUCAAAGAUAAAUGGUGUUAAUGACAAUGAAAGGCCAUUGGAUGGAACUAGCCCUUUAUACAGAACCAGUCCAAACCAAAGAUCAAAAAGUCCUGUUGUUCAACAAAGCCCUCAGGUUCUGUCUCCCAACUCAACUACCUCGUCUCACAAAGAACUCCCUCUGCAUUUGAAUGGACAUCACAGUCAUGCUGAGGGCCUUGUCUCCUAUCCAAUGUACUCACCUCCAAGCCACAUCCAACAUCAGUAUAUGUAUCCAUAUAGCUCUCUGUCUCCUCACUACCCCAGAUUUUUAUUGCCCACCUAUCCACCUGGUUUUAACAGUAUUCCUCCCUUGAACAGUCCAGCUACUUUGAACAAUGUGAACAAUCUCGGCCUAUUUGGCAGGAUGACCCCAGUCUGUGGUGGGUUUGUGGGUGGAGACUGCCUCCCUCAUCCCAUGAUGAGCCGGACUGUUCUGCCUGUCACACUGUCUAAUGAAGAAGGCCAAAGGCUUCGUGUUCCUGAGCAGCCAAGAGGUCUCCUUAUCUCUGCACCCACUAGUGCUUUCUCACCCAUGGGCCCGACAAUGGGCCUAAAGGAAACUCCUGUCAAUCGCUCACCACUGUCAGGUACCUCAAUAACCUCCGAGCUGUCGGUGCAGCUGAAAGCUACUUCCUGGGUUCCAGGAAGUGAGGAAGCAAUGAACCUGAGCAAACCAAAGAUUUCCCUGGCAGAUUCCCCUGGUUAUAAGUCACUUCCAUACCCACUGAAGAAACAGAAUGGGAAGAUCAAAUAUGAAUGCAACGUGUGUUCAAAGACCUUCGGCCAGCUAUCCAACUUAAAGGUUCACCUGAGAGUCCACAGUGGAGAGAGACCUUUCUCAUGCAACACCUGCAGUAAGACAUUUACACAACUGGCUCAUCUCCAAAAGCAUUACCUUGUACACACCGGAGAAAAACCUCAUCAGUGCCAGGUGUGUCACAAACGUUUCAGUAGCACCAGCAACUUGAAGACUCACCUCCGCCUCCACUCUGGAGAAAAGCCCUAUCAGUGCAAGCAGUGUUCAGCAAAAUUCACCCAGUUCGUCCACCUCAAGCUGCACAGACGUUUGCACAACAAGGAGCGACAACACAAGUGUCACUUCUGCCCCAAGAGCUACAUACACCAGUGCAGCCUGAAAAUCCACCAGAAAGGCAACUGCCCUAUGGCCUCAGUGAGCAGAUUGUCCAAGGAGGAACUCCUCAGGAUUGACGACGCAAUCGAGAAGUUCGACAUGAGCGAGCAUGCAGAAAGAUUGGAAGACACUGCCACAGCAACAGAGCUAGAGAUGGUAACUGAGCAGCUUAUGGCUGUUGACCCAGAGAAGGAAUACAAAGAGGAGCAGUUCAGAGCAGCAUGUCACAAGAACACUGGAGACCACCUUCCAGCCAUUGGCUUCCAUGAGAGGACCAAGAAUUCCAAUCUAAUGAUAUUCCACCCAAGUUCACCACCUCUUCUGCCUAUCAGGGUUAAGCAAGAAGCCAGUUUAUAAUUACACAGUAGUCAUCAUGUGCUGGGACUAAUUUGUUGAGUUCUUCACCAAGCAGGUUCUGUCACUGGGGCUCAUAGCAGGCAGCUGACUGUACUGGACAAACUAGAAGGAAAAUUCAUGGCAUUGAGGAAAUAGAUCCCACAAAAAAAUGUGGAUUCAAAGUACUUCCAAUCACAGUAGUAGUUAUCUGGCUGUGUUUUAUAUGUGUCCAUGUGUAUGUGUGUUUUGUUCCUGUAGCCUAUGUCAUUAGGAUCUGACAAAUUGUCAAUCCACUCCUGUUGUCCAUGUGAGUUCUUAUUAAUUCAGUCAGACCAAAAAAAUCAUUCCCAAACACAUGGCCAUUACUGGGUGUUGAUGAUGUGCAGACCCAGCCUCUGCUAUAAUAACCAAUUGUGCUUUCAUUGCUUUCUCAGGGUGUGUUAGAUAUAUUUAUACAACAGAAAAUGGUAUAUAUUUUUAUCAGUUAAGAGACAAUCAGAUAUGAGUUUAUUCUUCUAAGGUCUAUAUCUUAUUUAUUAAGAGUCAAAACAUUCCUUUAUUUUGAAUAAAGUUCACCAUGACUAAAA